UAUACCGAAAUACCCGAAAAUCCGAAAUACCCGAUCCGAACCCGAACGGGUAUCCUAUUUCCUACUCUCCAAUUUUCUUUUUUAUCAAAGUUCUACUCUAUUUAAAUUGUUUAACUAUUUCAAUAUCUAAAGGCAAAACAAAAUGGGACUACUAUUUUUUUUUCUUUGCAAAAAUAGUAAUUAACGAACACAAUUGCUCGAGAUUAUUUUGUUAAUCAAACAAGCUACAUGCAGAGCACAAUGGUCUGCGCAAUGACCAAUCCCUCCGUUCUUAACAUUGUGAAUCCUUUUAGAAAAGCAAUUGGGCUCUUAUGUUAUUGAUCGAUAAGUGUUUUACUAUUGGAAAAGCAAUCUAGUGUUUCAGUCUUUCAGAAUCAUUGCAGACAUAAAACAGUCACACAAGUUGUAAUUUUUUAUAAAUUUAAUUUAAUUUAACAUUCUUUAAAAAAAAGAUAAGUAUGGAUCAGGGUUCAAUGAGAAAAUAAGAUUGUCUGGAUUGUUUAAAUACUUCUUAUUUUAGGUGACAAGCUUGAAAUAGAGAUGCAUUGGGGACUGGGCUAGAUGAAUAUGAUGAAAAUCAUGAAAUGAAGGUGGAAUGUCACACUUUAUCACAUCUUAUCAAUUAAUUGUCUUGGAAAGAUACUGGAAAAAGAUAACCAAGUAAUCUAGUGGUUCCUACAUGAGGAAAAAUUGACAUGUAUCUCUGAAACCAUUUCCAGUGUGUAAUUUUAUUUUAAAUAAAUUAAUUCUAAUAAAUUUUUUCUAUUAAAACUAUUAUAUCUGGAAUGAAAAAUUAACUAAUGGGUAAGAAAAUGAAGUAGUGAAUAUGAUUAUUUCAUUUUUUCUAGAGUAAGCUUACUUUUUACUUCAUUAUAGAUUAAAAUAGAAAAUAGAAUUGAAAAACACUCACUCAAAAAUAGAACUUUUUUUAAAUGAGAUUGAAAAUGCUAUAAAAUUUAAAAUAGUGAUCACUUUUUUAAAAGUGAAAUUGUCUAAUUAUUUUCACUUGAUCAGUCAAAAAUGUAUCACAUUUUAAAUACAUUAAAAAUAAGGUGAAUAAAUCAUUCGACGAUAAAGUUCAUCCUGAAAAUUAUGCAGAUGUUAAAAGUUCAAACCCUGUAAUUACAAAAAUACUAGCAAUCCUAAAAACUCAAGUUCCUUUUCUAGUUAACCAUUAUUUUACAAGGCUAGGUGACUAGAUAAUGCAAGAUACUACAAUCUUUUAUAUGACACAUGUUUUGCAAGAUACUACAAUUAAAAUUUCUAAGAUAUGUCUAAUCUUAGGAUGUAUCUUUGAUUAGGAAAAAAUAUUUAAAAUGAAUAUAACUAUUAUUAUCUUUUUAUUAUUUAAAUAGUUUUAUACUUGGUUUAUGUAUAUAUUUUUGAAGUUAUAAUAACUACAUCGGUUAUGGCUAAAGAUUAUAUUUAGUUUCUAUUUUAUGAGUAAAUCUGAGAGUUUCUCUCUAUGUUUUUUCGGUAUUCAUUUGGAUGAUUCAGUGAUAAAGAUUACUUUCCCAGAUAUUUGAACAUCUAUACUAUAUUAAAAGGGUUAUAUGAGCUCCAUACAGCAUGUCCACGUCAGAUUUUUAAUUCCACGUCGGAUUGGGCUGAUGGGCUUCUUUAUUUUUUUUCUUUAUCGCGUUGGCCCGUAAGCCCAUUGACGAAACCUAAUCGGAGAGCGCACCACCGAACCAUCGCGAGGAUCUCUAUCUCCUUCUCUGUUGCGCAGGAGACGAUCUCCAUCUCCAUUCGUCCUUUCCGAACCUGAGAAACGUGAAAGGAGAUGGUACCUUUGUCAUUAUCUCAACAUAAUCUCUGGCCGCCGGAAUCUGUAUCCACGGUGUUUUGGGGUUACACAACCGCCACAUCGAUACACGCCUGCGACCAUCUUUGCCGCCACCUCCGACUUGGCUGAAGACCGUCGAGGAACUCCGACUUCUCCGGGCUUCGAAGUUGCCUCACCGUAUUCUCCAACUGUUUCCGUCAAGAAGAAGAAGAAGGUUUUCCGUUCAUCACAGAAUGGAAACGGACCCAAAUCCGGGAUACCGAAGCCACCGAAAUCAUUGGCAUAUCUUGCUGGACGCUUUCUCGAUUUGGCAAGUAUCUUAUCCAGGAAACUUGCAAUCCAAAGGGUUACGAACAGUUUGAGAAAGUUCUUAUGGGUCUUCUCCGCAGACUCUUGGAUUCGAACAAGCGGGUCCAGGAGGCUGCCUGUUCAGCUUUUGCAACUGUUGAAGAGGAUGCCGCUGAAGAGUUAGUGCCACACCUGGGAGUAAUACUCCAGCAUCUAAUGUGCCCUUUUGGAAAGUAUCAGAGGCGGAACUUAAGAAUUGUUUAUGAUGCUAUUGGAACACUGGCAGAUUCGGUUAGAGAAGAGUUAAAUAAGCCUGCUUAUCUUGAAAUUCUGAUGCCUGCACUGGUCGCAAAGUGGCAACAACUUUCAAAUUCAGACAAAGAUCUAUUUCCAUUGCUGGAAUGCUUCACGUCUAUUUCACAGUUUCAGAGUAGGAUGGAGUCAGGGGAAGAGAUCGGGAGGUGUCAUUUUUUAUAACACCUGCUCUGCUAUGUUCAAGAAAGAGAGGCUGCUGUUAAAUGCAUCCCAAAAUCUAAGGUUUGCAUGAUUUUUUGAUCACAUAUAUUAUGAACCACGUGGAUAGAGAAAAUGGUCUUCUGCCAACAUGAAACUCGACAGAGCUCUUGACUGGAGUUGUGAUAAACAAAGAUUGAACUGUCUCAUAAUUUUUAAUUUCCUUCUCCUCUCUCUCUCUCUCUCUCUCUCUCUCUCUCUCUCUCUCUCUCUCUCUCUCUCUCUCUCUCUCUCUCUCUCUCUCUCUCUCUCUCUCUCUCUCUCUCUCUCUCUCUCUCUCUCUCUCUCUCUCUCUCUCUCUCUCUCUCUCUCUCUCUCUCUCUCUCUCUCUCUCUCUCUUCUCUCUCUCUCUGUGUUUAUAACAUGGUUGUUUUUCUUUGUCCUGUUUGUUGGGUCAGAUACUCAGAUGAGGGGUGGGAGGUGAGGGAUGAAGAUGGCUACAUGAGAGGAUCAGGUGCAAGGAUCUAGCGGGAGAGAAUAGAAGAAUGGGUCAUUAUACUUCACGUGGUUGUCUCAAAAACGUUGUAUGGACUAUCAGAUUGGUUAACUGCAAUUCCUACAUGAUGGGAAAAGCUUCUGCAGAUUGUAUGCAAUCGCAAGUUUUAAACGUUGGAACUAGGGAAUUCCUUGUGGUCAAGAUUGAAGUGUUCACUGAUAUUUUGUUGUACUCGAAAUGAGUUUUCUGUUGUAAAUUCUUAGUGAAAAGCUCAGCUUGCAUUGUCCCAGGUCUGUGUUAUUGUUUUCUUAUCGUUUUAGUAUUAUCUUUGUUUUACUUGAAGGCUUGAAGCCUGAGGAAAUCAGUGGCAUCGACAGCUGUUUGCUGAGCCUGGAACGCUUGCUGCAACGGGAGUGUUCGUUUGUGGCACAAAGUACAUUGUAAUCCAAGGAGAGACAAAUGCCGUCACUCGAGGGAAGAAGAUAACAUGAAUGAUUCUGAUGAAUCUUUUGCCUUUUUUUGGGAGUUUGUGGUGUUACAAUUAAGGAGACCGCCCAAGCCUUGGUCUUUUCUGUGACGAACCAAUGACUACUGGCCAAUGCAACAUGGUUGUGGAGCGGCUUGGUGACCACCAGAUUGAAUCACGGCUCUGAAACUCAAGCUGCUGCUAUGUUCAUGUCGCCUAUAUUGUCUUCUAUUGAGGGAAAGGUAUAUAUGGAGUGUGAUCAAUGAUUUUAUUUCAACUGUGUAUUACCUUCUACCAUGUGAUGAAUCUUGGAGUUGUAGGAUUCUAAAAACAGUCUGGUAUUGUCUUCUUUUGUGACAAGUUGCAAACUUUUAAUUAAUGGCAGUGUCGCACCAUAGCUUUUUAGAGUUUAUGAUUAGUUCUACAGAUUAAUCUUUCUGUAAAUAAAAAUAAAAGAUUGAUUCAGAUCACAAGAUCAUAGAUAAAUACUUGCAUAACAGUUAACAAGUAAUCUCUGUACCACUAUUCAACUGAAGGAAGAAGACUAAAUCUUAAAUGUAACAAUUUCUAAUCAACUGAAAGAAGAAGACUAAAUCUUAAAUAUAACAAUUUGUAGAUAAAAACACUGAGGAACAUAUCUUACAUUUUUCUACUAUUGUUAUAUUCAUGCUAAAAGUACAUCAAAAUAUACAAAAUAAAAAAUGCUAUGUAUUACAAUAAAUUAAAUUAUUAAAAUAAGAUGGCCAAAAAAAAAGUUUUUAUCACAUAUAUAAUCCUUAAAAAACAAAAUGACCAAAAUUUUUCAUUAUAGAGUAGGGCUGGGGUGUAGAAUAUAGAGUUCAAGGUAUAUAAUUUAGGGUUUAAGAUUUAAAGUUAAGGGUGAAGUUUAAUGGAUGAAAUUUCAAAUUUCAAAUUAAAAAAAAAAUAAAAAUUUCAAAAUAAAAAAUAAAAUAUUGUUUUGGUCAUUUUAUUUUCUGAUAACUGUUUUUGUGAAAAAACUUAAAAAUUGCUAUUUGAAAGAAAUGACCAAAUGUCUAAUCUAAUAAAAAUUAAAAAAAAAAUAGGAGAAAGGUCUGAAUCAAGAAAAUUCUACAUCACCAGAACAUCAGUGGCAACAAUGUUCUCUUAUGAGCAAGUCUUGACUCUUAUGUGCUAAUUUGAAUAGUACUAAUAAUUUAUUUUCAAGUUUCAUCAAAUAACAUCUAUAGAAAUGUUACUAUUUUUAACUAAAAUAAAUAUCAACUCUCCAAAGAUCUUUAUCAAAAGUUUGUCUCACUAAAUAUUAUUAACAAUUGAAUAAUGGUUGAUUUGAUAUAGUUCUUACAAAUUGUUAAUUGAAUAAUAUAUAAUUACAAAUCAGUUUUAGUGACUUUGCAGAAAUCUCAUAUUAAAUACACUUGAUUUAAAUUUUUUUUUAAAUUCAUUGAUUCAAUAAGAGUAGAUUUUUUUAAUUUAAUAACUUAAAUUAAAAAAAUGUUUCUAAAAAAAAUUCAUAAAACAGAAUCCGCGCGUAGCGCGGACAAUAGAUCUAGUUUAACAAUAAAAGUAAUACACCUGAUGUUCCCGUUGUAUUAUUUGUUGUUGAAAUCAAUUUGGUUUUCCGUUUAAAAUCUCUUCCGGAUGUUGCAAACUGAUGAAUAUGCAUUAAUUCAGUAGAAGACAUACGGAAAAUAGAUGGAUGAUUUUCGUUCUGAUAUAUAUGUGAAGCGAGAGUAGCUGUCCACCUGAUCGGUUUCAUAUUCAAAAAGAUGUUUUCAAGUCAACAAGUUUUUGUGAGAAUUUUCAUCGGUGUUAUAAAAAGUGAAAAAUUGAUAUCCAAUGGUGAAGAAGAUUGUUGGACUAAACAUGCUCUGAAAGAUUUGGAAUUUUGAGGCUAGCUACUUCUUUAUAGAUAUGGAGAUCUAAUAUCACUCAAAUAACCCUAUAAGUGAUUUGUACUCUCUCAAAUAAGAGGUUCAAUUGCAGUACUUUAGGAUCGAUUUCACAGAGAGCUAAGGCACACAAUAGAUCUAAUCUAGUUAUGGAGUUAAGCUAGGUUGAAUGGUUGUAAAGCUGUAAAUGACAAUGAUGAACAAGUAAUUGUUCAGUAGAUUGAUUGGGUUUUAAAAUUGAUGAGGGAGACGUUAGACUUAGGGUUUCUAUUCAGUCAAUCAAGAUUAUAGAUAUAUAGACUAAGUAUAUAUGGAUAUUAUAGAACUCAAACAAUUAGAAAAACCGAUCAACUUUCGUAUAUUUAGGCUAUCUAUCGCCGGAUCUAGGACCUCAACUAUCGCAUGUUGGUCCUGAGAAAGAGUCGAUCGAUUCCAACGACGUGGUGUCGAUCGAUACACCUUUCAGUCCGUCGAUCGAUACAACUAGAGAGUUGUCAAUUUUGUAUCAAUCAACGUUCCUUUCAGGGAGCGUUGCGAACGGUUUGAACGUGUUCACUAGGUUAACUAAAUCAGCUUACGCUUGUUUCUAGCAAUCCACAACCUAAACUAUUUCAGACAAAGAACCAAUCUUUCGAAUGUGCCCUAAUAUCUAUAGGCAAAGUUCUAAUUAGCUAUUGUAGAACACAUGCAUUAAGAACAGUCUAGUUGAUUAAUAUUCUGACACUUAGUAAAUUCUAUAUUUUGGGUUAAUCCCUCAUGAAUAUCGGAACCCUUAAUCUGACAAGAUGAUCUACUCAGAUAUGGCUAAGCAAUUCAUGAAAAUAACAUAAACAUAUUGCGUAAUUAAGAUAGAGUAAAGAAAAUAUUAAGUUAUUUUGAUGUAAGAAAAGUAGAAAGUAUGAAAGCGUGUGUUGCCUAGAACAAUGGCAAGCACAUAAAUAUUAAGUUAAAACUCGUCAGGGGUAAUCUGGUAAUUCUUAUGGGACUUGGGCUUUAAGUCGGCUGAAACCCAAUCUUGUUUCUGUGCGCUUCAUCGUCGAUCGAUACCACAGAGUGUGUGUUGAUCGAUGGUUGCCUUCGCCCAUCGAUCGAUAGUCGUGGUCGAUGGUCAACUACGAGUCUUUAUCAUUUUAUCUCCAAAAUGUACCAAAAUCACAACUUUCCUCCAAAUCCCUCCAAAACCUGAAAACAUACUAGAAAGACUCCAAACAACUAUAAUAUAUUUGAAAACACCUAUAUACUUAUUCUUUUGCUUGUCCUCAAGUAAAACAAUAAGCAGUCUCUCUGGAAGCGGUUUGAAACAUCAGGGACUCACAUAAUUAAAGAACUUACUAUCGCCUCAACAAUAUUGCAACCACAUCAAAUCAAUCUUAACUUAGAAGUACUUUCUAUGUAAUAUCCUAGCUUAGCAAUGAAUUCCAUUCAUCAAACAACUUAACUAAUCAUGUCUGGCUAACCUCUCUACUGACCUCAUUUAAUACAUAUAAACAAAAGGUGUAAGCUUUAGCUUGGGAGUAUCGAUCACCGAACACAUGGAAUCAACUCAAGCAAGUAUUUGGAGUUGCAGAUAACCUUUUCUGAUUUCCCCUCUCUCUUCCCUCUUCUCUGAAUCAGAGGUUUUUUUUGGCAAAUUUUUAGGCGAAUAGUGGGGUCAUCGAUAAUGUAUCUAUCCAUUACUUCCAAACAAUGUGUGGUCAUUCCUUUGAAUUAUAAUAGUCGGAUCAUAGGUAAUGUACCUACCCCUCUUCAUCUCAGAAAAUCAUCUCAAUCUUUUAUGUAUAUAGGGAUGCCAAAGAGAGGUGGAAGGAAAAUCAGUGACACUAAGUCUAAUACCUUCUAGACUUGCAGGAGGAUUCCGAUCCAAUGUAUACCAAGCCCUAAGACAAGCAAGUUAAACACAAUUAAAUUGUAGGUCAGCUUUGGUUCUUCCAAACAUUCUCAACAAGUGUGAAUAACUGGUAGACUGAUCCACUUUAGCAUCUAUAGUACUAUCUUCAGUCAAUAAAUCUAAAAAUGGUGCUAAAGAGUGGUUAGAUGAGUAAGGAAAAUUGUAGUUCAUUGUCCCUUUCUUAGCUCAAUAAAACAUUUUUAAAACUCAUAGGUAAAUAAUAUUAGUAAACCUCCCCUCAUACUUAAAUUACACUGUCACCAGCGUAUAUCUAGUCGGAGUUUGGUGAGAAUAUAAAUCAUAAGUACUGAAUGUAACAAGGAGAAUGGUAUACCUGAUCGUUGAUGUCGAUGUCGAUCGACACAGAAAUGUGACUAUCGAUCGGUGCUAGUGUCAUGUUGUCAAUCGAUGUCGACCUUGUCUCAUCGGUCGAUGACAAGUAACUUCUCCUUGGUUCUCUUUUUUUUGUUUUUCUGGUUUUUCUAUUUUCUAAUUUUUAUUUUUCUGGUAUUUCUAUUUUUUAUUUAUUUAGCCCUGCAAUAUGGUAAAAACAAAAAUAAAUAACAUGUAAUAAGGAAAGCUAUAUAAAAUACCUAAUAGUGAGUUGCCUCUCACUCAGCACUUUGUUAUAGUUAUAUAGCUUGACUUUGGAGGUUGUUUUUGGCUAGUAAUGAUCAAAGUGACCACUUGGUUGUAUGCAAGUGUCCACUUCAUCUUUGCUCAUCUCGGACCAAGCGCCAAUGAAGCUUCUUAUGGCAGUUAAACUGACAAUGUCAAGUUAGAACCCAACUCUUAACAAAUCACAACUAGCAAUGGCAAAACAAAAGACUAUUUUUAGUGGCUCUCGGCCGAUAUAUUGAUUAGGGUUUGGACUUAUUAUCCGGGAUCCAUAUCCAAUCUGAGAUCUACUCCAGAUCCGUUACGAAUCCAGAUAUAUGGGAUGCGCGGAUCAAGAUCCGGAUAGCAAAAUCUGAGAUCCGUCAAAACCAGAUUGAGAUUCGGAUAUUUUGAUUUUUAAAUUCGAUAUACGGAUCAAGAUCCGUAAUUUUAAAAUAUAUUUAAUUUUUAAUUUUAUUAAUAAUUUUAUUUGAUAUAUUAAUAUUAUACAUAAAUUUAGUUUUACAAUUUUAUAUUAUAUUUUUAUAAUAUUAUAUACAUAUAUAUAUUAAUCCAUGUUCGAAAACUCGAUCCAGGCGGCCGGAAAUCCGGCGAGUAAGCGUGCGGCGGCCAACCACCGUGGCGAGUUAGCUAUAAUCGGUCAUCAAAUCGGUUUUUUUUUUUUUGAAAACUUUUUUUGUUCCAGUUUUGGUUAAAAUUCGGUUUCUUUCAGUUGGAUCUACGAAAAUUUACUUGAAUUGACAUAUAAAAUUUAAAAGAGUGAUUUAACUGUGAAAGGACCGUGAUGGCUGCUUUGAAACCCCGAAAAAUUGCAGGUCAAAAGGUAGGAGAUGAUGAUUAAAUUAUCAUUUUACCCUACAUUAAAAAGAAAAGAAAAUAAAACAAUAAAACUAGCACUCAAUACCUUCGAACCCGGCUAGCCAAACUAGAAAUUGCAGCUGCAAUGUAAUAACCAAUAGAGCCAACGCUUUUACAUCCGUUUUCAUUCAACUAUUAUAUUUAUCUAUAGAAAUAUACAUAAAAGGUUAAAAAAUUAAUCCUCGUUUAAUCUCCGAUUAAUCUCCGAUUUUGUGUUAACUCGCUAGGCCCAGACAGACCGCCCAACUCACGCCUAGCGUAGUUUCGAAUAUGGAUAUUAAUAAAUCUUGUAUAAAUAUUUAUUUUAUGUAUUACCCUUUAGAAUUUUAGUUUUUUUAAUAAUUUUUUAUUAUUUUUUGGAUCCGGAUCCGGAUCUAAAUGCCAUGGAUAGUAUAAUAUCUAGAUGGAUAUUCGGAAACCACAAAUCUUGAUCAAAGAUACCCUAAAUUUUCUGGAUAUCGGGAGCCGUCCUAUCCCUAAUAUUGAUAACGUCACCUAUCCUAUUGCUUGGCGUGGAAGUGGAAAACAAACCUAUAUUGAACCAUUUUGGUUUUCUUAUAUAUAUGAUUGAGCAAAAAUGGUUUAAAGUUUAAUUGUAAACAAUAAACCAAAAUUAAACAACGUCUACUUUUCUUUUUAACACUGGAUAUAUUAUGCUAUUACAAACUCGGAGAAAUAUUACAGACGAUUCCACAGCCUACAAUUCUACCCGCCUUAUGAAGAUUCACGUCUGACUGCAUUACCUGAGCCGCCCUAUCGGAUCCACCCUUGACGAUACUCUUUGCGCUAUGCUGCAAAUUUCUUGUAAGCCGCUUCUCCAUUAAUUCGCAUAAUUCCGCUUUCUCCGGGAAUCGAAAUCCAGACCUAUUGGUGUAGAAGCAUUAAUGAACCCUUAGUCAAACCACUGAACAAGGGGCUUCCACAAACAACGUCUAUUAGUUUUUGUUUUUUGUUUCAAAUAUAUGAAAAAGUUGAAGUCAGACUUCUAAUUGGGUGGUAAUUGGAUUCGAACUUCCUUUCAAUGCCCUUUUUGUUAAAUGGUUUUGAUUCAACCAUCUAAGAAAUUUUAUUAAUAACAAUAUUCGAAGAAUUACCGACAAAAAGUUAACGCUAUUGUCAUUUCUGCUGCAUGAAUCUUUUAUGUAUACUCUUUUUUACUUUUUCACCUAAAACUCAGAUUCUGUAAUAAGUAGUUACAAGAAAACAACAAGCUUUAUGUCCACUAAAUCUGCGUACCUACGUUAAUAUUUUUCCCUUAGUAUAUACUGACAUAUACAUGACAUUAGACGUCAAAAGAAAUAUGAACUAAUUACGUCACAACCUACACAUGAUCAAUUUCGAUUUAAACAUAAAUCAAAAAUUUAAUAAAUUAUUUAAUAGCAUAAAGACACUUUAAUGCAUUCUAAUUUUCCACAUCUUUAUUUAAAUAAUAAUUUCCCCCUUAUUAGGGGCUGUAUCCUCGAGUGAUCCCACCACCAUUAUAAAAUGAUCUCAUCGCCUGCUAUGCUAAGUUGUAACCACUUCACUUGUAAUCAUUCAACUUCUCUACUCUACUAGAGCAAAAACAAACUAAAAAGAUAUCGUUAUCAUCAUCAAUGGCGGAGAAAAAUGUAAAUCUUUCAAUUAAUGGACAAUCAAAAGUGCCUCCAGGUUUCAGAUUCCAUCCAACAGAAGAAGAACUUCUCCAUUACUAUCUCCGCAAGAAAGUUCACUCUCAAAAGAUCGAUCUUGAUGUCAUUCGUGAAGUAGAUCUCAACAAGCUUGAGCCUUGGGAUAUUCAAGAGGAAUGUAGAAUCGGGUUGACGCCACAGAACGAUUGGUACUUCUUCAGUCAUAAGGACAAGAAAUAUCCAACCGGGACUAGAACAAACCGGGCAACAGUCGCUGGAUUCUGGAAAGCUACUGGACGUGAUAAGAUCAUCUAUAGUUGUGUCCGGAGAAUUGGAUUGAGAAAGACCCUCGUGUUCUAUAAAGGAAGAGCUCCUCAUGGUGAAAAAUCUGAUUGGAUCAUGCAUGAGUAUCGCCUCGACGAUACUCCAACAAGUAAUGGCUGUUCUGAUGUUGUAACUGAAGACCCAAUGAGUUACAACGAAGACGGUUGGGUGGUAUGUCGAGUGUUCAGGAAGAAAAAUUAUCAAAAGAUCGACGAUUCUCCUAAAAUCACUCUAUUUUCUUCACCUGAUGACACUGACGAAAACAGAAGGCCCACCACCUUUCACAACACUCUAAACGCAACCGUUUUGGACCACGUUCUUCUAUGCAUGGACCGUUCCGGUCCCAAUAUUUUCAUGCCCGAGAUCCAAACCAAAAAUCAACAUCAAGACGAUCUUUUAUUCAUGCAACUCCCAAGUCUUGAGACACCCAAAUCUGAAAAUCUUGUCGGCCAAUGUUUAACGACCACUAACCAACUCGAUCUCUCUUUGGUUGAAGAGAAGAUAACCGGCAGACCGGGUUGCAGUAAUUGGGCUAGUCUUGACCGGUUAGUGGCGUGGCAAUUGAACAAUGGUCAUCAUACGUGUGAUCGUACGAGUUUUGACGAAGAAGAAGAUGGUGAUGCCAUGAUGCAGCGAUGGGAUCUUCACUGGAAUAAUGAUGAUAAUGUCGAUAUCUGGAGUAGCUUCGCAGAAUCUUCUUCGUCUCCUUCGUCUUUAGACCCUCUUCUUCAUUUAUCUGUAUGAUUGUAUAUACACAUAAACAUACACACACAAGAUAAUUUCUAAAAUAUAUACUGUGGUACAUAUAAUAAACAAAUAAAGUUUAAUAACAUUUGUUUAAGGCAAAACUAUAAAUAUUAUAUUAGCAUAAAGUUUACAAAAUUGAAUAAUAAAUGACGAAGAAUCUUGAUAAAGUAUCAUUGUCGUUUUUCGGCGAUAGACAUGUAUAAAUAAAUGACGUGAUAUUGGUUUGACUUGGAUACAUUAAGAGUGUGAUUGGUAAUUUUGGAGUAAAUGGAAGGAAAAUAAAAAGGUGAAAUAUAGUGGGAAAGUUAAAAUGAGAGAGAGAGGAAAGUGGAUUAAAUGGGUGAAACAUAAAUUAAAUUAAGUUUCACUUAUGUGUAGAGUAGUGUAACAUUUUAUUCCAUUUCAAUAGUAAUGGAGUAAAUAAA